AUGUCUUGUAUUGGAGUUUCUGAAAUGAAUUCUUCAGUAAAAACUUGUAAUAACUUACUGCUUCAUGCUGACAAUGUCUUAAAAAAAGCUAAAGAAUAUGGCUGCAAUCAAGUAAUAAUAUGGAGUAAUGAACCUGCUAAACCUGUAGGUUUGUGGGUUGGGCCAGGUUUGAGUCAAUACCAGGUUCAAUAUUUUGAUUCAUUUAUAAAGUGGGUCAGGCUUAGACCAGGUUUAUUAAAUACUGGGCUUGGGUCAGGGUUUGGAAAUAGUUCUGCAGGCCUAUGGGCCCUUAUAAUAUCUAUGGCAUGCUG